AUGAUUUUAAUUAACGAACAGAAAAGGGAACCGAAAGCAAUUUGCAAUGCUGAAUGGCAAUGUGGUUCAGGUCGCUUCUCCAAAGAAUCAGAAGACGUCACCUAG